ACCCCUUUUUCCUUAUAGAGAGGCAGAAAGUCACAUGAGUUGAAUUCCUGGAUUAUAAGUGAAGGGUCGGAGAGGAGAAGCUUCUGGUUAGCAGGAUCCAGCCUCCAGCCUGAGGGAAGAAGGUGAAGGGGGAGGGCAGGGGAACUGAGAGCAGCUGGGGAUUGAGCAGAGAGCAACACCUCAAGCUGCAGGGAGUGAGGAGAGAGGCACAGGCAGAGAUAGAGAGAGAGAGAGAGAGCAGCCCGGCACAGGCCGGCUCUGUGUCCCAGGCUCGGAGCUCAGGAAGCCCCCACCACCCCCGGGAGCGAGCAGACAGCGCGGCCGGGACAAAGCAACACCAUGAUCGGUACCAGAUCCAGGGGCUCGCAGCUGCCGGAGUCGGAUGCCAACAAACUCGCUCUGAAAGCCUUCAGGAAAGUCGGGUUGCAGGAUGACGAAGACGUGAAAUUCAUGUUAAAAGGCAGCAAGUUAAAAAAAGUCAAGUCCGGUACGUGGAAGAAGAAUCGACGAUUGAAACUGCAGGAGGAUGGUCUGUCCAUUUGGUGUGAGUCCAGGAAUAAAGCACCCACCUUCUCGGUGAUGGAUAUCCGGGACAUCCAAGAGGGCCAUCGCUCAGAGGUGAUGAAGAAACAUGGCAGCAGCUUCUCAGAGAAACGGUGCUUCACCAUCAUGUUCACCAGCAGCCGUACAAACCUGGACCUGGUGGCUGAGUCGGAGGAAGAAGGAAGGCGAUGGGUUCAAGGCCUGAAAAAACUCAUCAGUCGAGUGGAAACCAUGAGCCAGCGAGAGAAAAUUGAACACUUGAUCCAUCAGCAUCUGGAAAAGGCUGACAAAAACAAUGAUAACAAGAUCAGCUUCAAGGAGGUGAAAAAUCUACUCAAGAUGAUCAAUCUCAAAGUCGAUGAUGAUUAUGUCAACUUCCUCUUCCAGCAAUGUGAUAAAUCCAGAACAAAUACUUUGGAGGAGCACGAGAUCGAGGAGUUCUGCAAUCUCCUGAUGCAAAGACCGGAGUUGGAGGAGAUCUUUCAGCAUUUCUCAGGACACGGACAGUGGCUGACUGUUGGGGAGCUGGAAAAUUUCUUGAAGGAACAGAAGGAGGUGUCAGUAGCAGAAACCUGUUUAAGCAUCAUGCAGAAAUACGGACUUCAUGAUAAUGCCAAACAGGACCAGCUCUUGACCCAGGAUGGCUUCAUGAUGUACCUGCUUUCUCCUGAUGGGGAUAUGUUUAACUCGGACCAUGACAAAGUUUACCAGGACAUGACCCAACCACUCAGUCACUACUUCAUUUCAACAUCCCAUAACACCUAUCUGAUGGAGGACCAGCUGGGAGGACCAAGCAGUACUGAGGCGUACAUUAGAGCGCUCCUGAGAGGCUGCCGCUGUGUGGAGCUGGAUUGCUGGGAAGGACCAAAUGAGGAGCCAAUCAUCUACCACGGAUACACACUCACCUCAAAGAUCCUCUUCAAAGACGUCAUCCGAACCAUCCGGGAUUAUGCCUUCACGGUCUCUCUGUAUCCCGUCAUACUGUCCCUGGAGAAUCACUGUGGAGUGGAACAGCAGACAGUCAUGGCCCGGCAUUUAAAGGAAAUUCUCGGGGAAAUGCUGAUCACUGCCCCACUCGAUGGCAAGGUCCUGAGUGAACUUCCGUCACCCGAGAGACUGAAGAGGAAGAUUCUAAUAAAGGGGAAGAAACUGCAGAACGCUGGGUCCACGCCGGAACAGUUGGAAGAAAUCGCAGAUGAAUAUGAUGAAGAGAAUGUGAAAAAUGAUAAGAAAAGCAAAAAGAAACUGACCAGUGAGCUUUCGGACUUGGUGAUUUACUGCCAAAGCACUCACUUCCAGAGCUUAGAGCAGACUUGGAGCAAGCAAGCAGCCCACGAAACAUCCUCAUUCUCUGAAACCAAGGCCAAGAAACUGAUUGCUGAGAAUGGGCCCAGUUUUGUCCUUCACAACACAUUACAGCUGUCCAAGGUUUAUCCAUUGGGUUCGAGGAUACAUUCUUCCAACUUCAAUCCUCAGGAGAUGUGGAAUGGAGGCUGUCAGCUUGGUAAGAGGCUCUUGCAUUUGCCCAGGUCAUUCACCUGUAUUGUAGAAUCUCAGAACAGUUACAGUACUGAAGGAAGUCUUUUGGCCCAUUUUCUCUGUGCUUGGUCCUCUCUCGCCAUCACUCUCUCGCCAUCACUCUCUCGCCAUCACUCUCUCGCCAUCACUCUCUCGCCAUCACUCUCUCGCCAUCACUCUCUCGCCAUCACUCUCUCGCCAUCACUCUCUCGCCAUCACUCUCUCGCCAUCACUCUCUCGCCAUCACUCUCUCGCCAUCACUCUCUCGCCAUCACUCUCUCGCCAUCACUCUCUCGCCAUCACUCUCUCGCCAUCACUCUCUCGCCAUCACUCUCUCGCCAUCACUCUCUCGCCAUCACUCUCUCGCCAUCACUCUCUCGCCAUCACUCUCUCGCCAUCACUCUCUCGCCAUCACUCUCUCGCCAUCACUCUCUCGCCAUCACUCUCUCGCCAUCACUCUCUCGCCAUCACUCUCUCGCCAUCACUCUCUCGCCAUCACUCUCUCGCCAUCACUCUCUCGCCAUCACCUGUCCCUGCUUUUAUCUCAUCGUUACAAUUUCUUUCCCUUCAGGUACUUGUCCAGUUUCCUUUGGAAGGCUGCAUUAG